GGAACGACCGUGGACAAAGAAUUGAAGGCCGGUCAACGGUAUACCGACAUCAUUGAUGCAAUGCAUGUGCAGAACGCGCAGUAUUUUGUCAAACGCGCCUCUUACGAUGGCGUGAAGAACUUGUAUUCUCCAGUCCAGAUCCAGGGAGUUUCGCAGGUCGGAUUAAGUUUGCCUUCGUAGACAGAUUAUCUGAAUUAGACAUGCCUCAUGACGCUUCUUUCGCAGUUCCGCGUGGUUAUCGAAGAGCGUGCCUUUCAAGUCACUCUUAGCCAAGUCGGCGUGAUAGAUAUCAAUCUCUUCCGCGUCUUGACAUCAGCUCAAGGUGCAAGUGCAAGUCUGGGGACAGGCCCUCAAGCAGUCGCGGUGAACUUAUUGCAGGUCCUUGUGUCGCAGGCACCGCAUAUGACCCACAAGUUUUCUCCUCAUGCCAAAUCAUUUUACCUCAACUCUUUUUCGAGGCCCCUUCCUGGGGGCUUGGUGGCACUUUCUGGCUUUUUCCAGAGCGUGCGCCCCGUUCUCAACCAAUUUAUCGUUAAUGUAGAUACGACAACCGCAGCCUUCUAUCCAGCUGUUUCUCUGCAGGAUCUGGCCAUGCAGUUCAUCAACACCCGCACGCCGCGCGACCUUCACAUGAGAUGCCAAGAUUCUCGAGAGCUUGAGAGGCUGCGGCGAUUCCUCUUCAAAGUCGCAGUUAGGAUCGAUAUGCCAGGAAAGAGAAGAGACGCAAAGCGGUAUAUCACGAAGCUUGUCCCACGAGCGGGAUACUUCACUUUUGAAAAGGGGGGUACCAUGAUUACGGUCAAAGAUCACUAUGCUGAGGCGUACAAUCUUGCGCUGAAGGACCCUGAGCUAUUUGGCGUACAGUUCGGGGGCGAUGCUGUCUUCCCUGCUGAACUGUGCAUCGUAGUGCCGGGGCAGCGAUACAAGAGGAAACUGGACCCUGAACAGACGAGGAAAUUCUUGGAGGCAUCGGUGAGGAAACCGGGGCUGCGGCUAGAAGAGAUCACGACCGCGGUCAAAGGCUCGGUGCUCGAAUACCGCAGGUCACCAUAUAUGCUGGACGCGGGUGUAACUGUGGACCCGACGCCUCUUGAGAUCCAAGCACGCGAGCUUCCGCCUGUUCCAGUGGCAUACGGGAACAACCUUACUGAGACGCCGAAUGGUGGUGCGUGGAAUGUUAUGAGGAAGAAGUUUAUCAAUCCGGCCACUAUAAAAGCUUGGGGUGUGGUCAGCUUCGACCAUGGACGGAACGCGAUACAAGAAGUACCACAGUUUGUUUCAAAAUUAUUUGCCAACAUGCAGAAUCUAGAAAUCGUAUUCACGUGUCCCCCGCCGGGCCAUCCCGAUUUUGUACUGGAUCAAGGCAACCAAGCGGACGUCCAGGGGAGCUUGGAUAGGGCCGGUAUGAAAGCGGUAGCACGCCUUCCGAAAUUGCAAGGCGUAGACAAGAACGGACGACCUUCUCAAGAAAUGCAGAAGCCGGAUUUCAUGUUGGUGAUCCUUCCUGAGCACGCCCCCGAAUUACGCAAAGCUACGAAGUGGUGGGGCGAUGUGCUAAGGGGCAUUCCGACACAGUGUGUGCGCCACGGUAAAUACAACAACCAGAAAAGGCAGGACCAGUAUUGCAACAAUGUUGCUCUCAAGAUUAACACCAAGACCCGCGGCGUGAACUUUGUGCCAGUUAGCCUGAUGAAGAAUCAACUCCCGGACACCAUGGUCGUUGGCUGCGACGUCAGCCACCCCGGUCCUGGAGUGCGCAAUCGCCCAUCUAUCGCGAGCGUUGUGUCGUCGUGGCACCAUACGCAAAGCCAAUACGCAGUCUUCCUCGACUGCCUGGCGCCGCGCCAAGAGAUCAUUGAGUCGCUCGCACCUAUGAUGGUGGAAGCUGUCAAGUUCUAUGCUGGCAGGGUGGGUGCGCUGCCGAAGACCAUCCUCCUGUAUCGCGACGGCGUCUCGGAAGGGGAGUAUGCCCAAGUUGAAGAAGGAGAGAUCAGGGAACUGAGAAAGGCGUUGGCGAACACAUUCAACACGAACUUCCGACUGGUGUUCAUCGUGGUCGGCAAGAGACACCACGUGCGGUUCUUCCCGAAAGACGCGAGCCAGGGUGAUCAUCUCGGGAACUGCCGGCCUGGCCUCGUGGUCGACAAGGACAUUGUGCACUCAUCUCUCCCUGACUUCUACCUCCAGUCGCACGGCGGCCUCAUCGGGACCUCCCGUCCUAGUCACUACGUCGUUCUGCAGAAUGACGCCCAAUGGUCGGCGGACCAGCUUCAGAGCAUUUCGUACGAGCUGUGUCACGUCUACGCCGCUGCUACGCGCUCUGUGUCCAUCCCUGCGCCUGUGUACUACGCAGAUCGCGCAUGCACUCGCGCCGCAUUUCAGUUUGCGCAGGACGCAGGUGUGCCCGACUAUGAGUCCUCAACGAACGAUGACGACUCCUUCGACAUCGAGGCCUGGCGCAGGGCGUUGAAGCAGUCAAGCAUCCCGCACAGAAUGUACUUCGUGUAGCUGCCACGUCCUGCGGCCUUCCUGCCUUGCCUUACUAUUCGCCCCAUUGUGCUUCUAUGUCGUGUCUGCCUCUGUUCUGCCUCGAGACCGACUUUCAGAAUGUGUGUGUACGAAUAUGAACCAACGAUGUAGCUUUAGUUGGAUGUUA